UGAUCCGCGGCCAGACCUGCGCUGCGGAACAAAUCCGACCUUCCCUACCUUACACCGACUCCUGAACACGAGGAAUAGAGCGGCUUUUAUGACAUCAGCCUAACACCUUUACACAGCUGGUCUUGGGUGAAAAAAAGCAUCUGUAGAUAGAUCCCAGUGAGAAAUCAAAGCAUGUCAUUGCUCAGAGUGGAAUUGCAGUCAUAGAUUGCUCGUGGGCCAGAUUAGAAGAAACUCCCUUUAAGAGGAUGAGAGGAAGUCAUCUACGGCUGCUGCCUUACUUGGUGGCUGCAAACCCUGUAAACUAUGGCCGGCCAUGGAAACUGUCCUGCGUGGAAGCUUUUGCUGCAGCUUUUUGCAUUGUUGGAUUCCCAGACCUAGCCACCAUUCUUCUAAGGAAGUUUAAAUGGGGUAAGACAUUUAUUGACUUGAACAAGAAUCUCUUGGAAAAAUAUGCAGCCUGUCAAUGCCAGGAAGAAGUGCUGAGAGUUGAAAAGGAUUUUUUAUCCAAUGUCCAAGAAACAAAAGACAAAGAAAUAGAUCCAUUUGAUGUUGACUCAGGAAAAGAAUUUUGUAAUCUCAACAGACCAAUCAAUUCUCAGGGAUUAGCACAAAGUAAUGAAGAAUCUGAGGAGGACAGUGUGAGCACGCCAGACGAUGCCACUGAAAGCAGUGCUGAGAGCAGUCCAGAAGAUCACGGUAGUGUAAAGUUGCUGCAACAAGAGCCAAUAAAUCAACUACUUGAAAAGUAAAGAAACCCCCAAACUCAUUAACACACAGAAAAACCCCACAUACCACAAGAACAUUUAAAAAAAUCCCCCAACAAUCCCAGAGUUGUAACAUCUUGUAUAAAGAAAUUUUAUUGUGAACAGUUAAGUGUGGCUUGUUCACCUCUAACUUGGUGCUUAGCAAAUGCCUUCCUUUGGGUGAACCUUGGGCUCUGUGUGAGUUUAUAGUCUGUCUAUGCACGUAAAGGCUUUAGGUUAUUUAGUUUUUAGACAGUUGUUUAUGGAGUGCUAAUUAUUAUGUAAGGAGCCUGAAGUUUGG